AUGUCACUGGGGCAGUGCCACUGUCACCUUGCUGGGGUAUCCCGUAUCGCCCACCACCUGGGGUGGGCCGUAAGUCUGGAGCACUCGGUGCUGCACAUGGCCAUCACUAUCUGGGGACUCACGGUGACCCUGGGUGCUGCAGGGCUGGACCAUGAGCUGGCUUUCUCCAAGAUCAUCGUGGAGCUACGGAAGAAGCACCCAGGCCACAUCCUGCCAGAUGAGGACCUGCAGUGGGUGUUCGUGAAUGCAGGCGGGUGGAUGGGCUCUAUGUGCCUCCUGCACGCCUCACUCACCGAGUAUGUGCUGCUCUUCGGGACAGCUGUUGACACUGGGGGCCACUCAGGUCGGUACUGGGCAGAUAUCUCCGACACCGUCAUCUCGGGGACCUUCCGGCAGUGGAAGGAGGGGACCACCAGAAGUGAGAUCUACUAUCCAGGGGACACCAUCGUGCACCAGGCAGGAGAAGCCACAUCGGUACAGUGGAGCGCGGGCACCUGGAUGGUGGAGUACGGCCGGGGCUUCAUCCCCUCCACACUCGCCUUCGCCCUGGCUGACACCCUCUUCAGCACUCAGGACUUCGUCACCCUCUUCUACACCCUGCGCAUCUAUGCCAAGGGCCUGCUCCUGGAAGCCAAUGCCUUCUUCAGCACCAUGGGCUGCUGAGCCCAGCUC